GAGAUGGUCAUCGCGAACCUGCUGCCCGAGACCGCCUACUCCAUCACGGUGGCCGCCUACACCAUGAAGGGCGACGGUGCCCGCAGCAAACCCAAGGUGGUCGUGACCAAGGGAGCAGUGCUGGGCCGCCCCACUCUGUCGGUGCAGCAGACCCCCGAGGGCAGCCUGCUGGCACGCUGGGAGCCCCCGGCCAGCGCCGCAGAGGACCAGGUGCUGGGCUACCGCCUGCAGUUCGGCCGCGAUGAUGCUGCACCCCCUGCCACCCUGGAGUUCCCAGCCUCUGAUCACCACUAUAUGGCGACGGGCGUGCACAAGGGUGCCACGUACGUGUUCCGGCUGGCGGCCCGCGGCCACAGCGGGCUGGGCGAGGAGGUGGCCGCCAUCCUGAGCGUGCCUGAAGAUGCGCCACGUGGCCACCCACAGAUCCUGGAGGCGGCGGGCAACGCCUCGGCCGGCACCGUCCUGCUGCGCUGGCUGCCGCCUGUGCCCGCCGAGCGCAAUGGCGCCAUUGUCAAGUACACGGUGGCUGUGCGCGAGGCUGGCGCCCCCGGACCCGCCCGAGAGACCGAGCUAGCUGCGGCGGCCGAGCCGGGCGCCGAAAACGUCCUCACCCUGCGGGGCCUCAAGCCGGACACGGCCUAUGACCUCCAAGUGCGAGCCCACACGCGCCGGGGCCCCGGCCCCUUCAGCCCCCCUGUCCGCUACCGGACGUUCCUGAGGGACCAAGUCUCUCCCAAGAACUUCAAGGUGAAGAUGAUCAUGAAGACGGCCGUCCUGCUGAGCUGGGAGUUCCCGGAUAACUACAACUCACCCACGCCCUACAAGAUCCAGUACAACGGGCUCACACUGGACGUAGACGGCCGCACCACCAAGAAGCUCAUCACGCGCUUGAAGCCGCACACUUUCUACAACUUCGUGCUGACCAACCGCGGCAGCAGCCUGGGCGGCCUGCAGCAGACGGUCACCGCCUGGACGGCCUUCAAUGUGCUCACCGGCAAGCCCAGCCUGGCACCCAAACCCGAUGCUGACGGCUUCAUUGUGGUGUACCUGCCCGACGGCCAGAGCCCCGUGCCUGUCCAGAGCUACUUCAUCGUGAUGGUGCCGCUGCGCAAAUCACGGGGCGGCCAGUUUCUGUCCCCGCUGGGCAGCCCAGAGGACAUGGACCUGGAGGAGCUCAUCCAGGACAUCUCGCGGCUGCAGAGACGCAGUCUGCGCCACUCACGCCAGCUGGAGGUGCCGCGGCCCUACAUCGCGGCGCGCUUCUCGAUGCUGCCACCCGCUUUCCGCCCCGGGGACCAGAAGCAGUACGGCGGCUUCGACAACCGGGGCCUGGAGCCCGGCCACCGCUACGUCCUCUUUGUGCUCGCUGUGCUGCAGAAGAGUGAGCCCACUUUCGCAGCCAGCCCCUUCUCAGACCCCUUCCAGCUGGACAACCCAGACCCCCAGCCCAUCGUGGACGGCGAGGAGGGGCUCAUCUGGGUGAUCGGGCCCGUGCUGGCCGUGGUCUUCAUCAUCUGCAUCGUCAUCGCCAUCCUGCUCUACAAGAACAAACCCGACAGCAAACGCAAGGACUCCGAGCCCCGCACCAAAUGCCUCCUGAACAAUGCCGACCUCGCCCCCCACCACCCCAAGGACCCUGUGGAGAUGAGGCGCAUCAACUUCCAGACGCCAGGCAUCGUGGGCAGCGACUACAUCAACGCCAACUACGUGGACGGCUACCGGCGCCAGAACGCGUACAUCGCCACACAGGGGCCUCUGCCCGAGACCUUCGGAGACUUCUGGCGCAUGGUGUGGGAGCAGCGGUCGGCCACCAUCGUCAUGAUGACGCGGCUGGAGGAGAAGUCACGGAUCAAGUGUGACCAGUACUGGCCCAACCGAGGCGCCGAGACGUACGGCUUCAUCCAGGUCACACUGCUGGACACCAUCGAGCUGGCCACGUUCUGCGUCCGGACGUUCUCCCUGCACAAGAGAGCUCCCUGCGGGAUGAGGAGAAAGUCAAAUGAGUCCACCAGGCUGACCACACUCUCAGGGAGCCCCCCUCUUGGGCAGCAGAAAGCCUACAUCGCGACACAGGGGCCGUUGGCUGAGACCACGGAGGACUUCUGGCGCAUGUUGUGGGAGAACAACUCGACCAUCGUGGUGAUGCUGACCAAGCUGCGAGAGAUGGGCCGGGAGAAGUGCCACCAGUACUGGCCAGCCGAGCGCUCCGCCCGCUACCAAUACUUUGUGGUGGAUCCGAUGGCAGAGUACAACAUGCCUCAGUACAUCCUGCGAGAGUUCAAAGUCACGGACGCCCGG